GGGAAUCGGAGAGAGGGGGCGGAGCCGUGGUUUUGCAGAAGUGGACAGCUCCUCUCGUCGAUCCGAAACGGCCUCGCUAUGACGGCGCACGGCUUAGCGUUGCCGAUGGUCCUCUUCUCCAUCUUCUGGGGGCUCGUGGGAUUUGCGGGUCCGUGGCUGGUGCCGAAGGGGCCCAAUCGCGGAGUGAUUAUUACCAUGCUGGUGACAACUGCUGUUUGUUGCUAUCUUUUUUGGCUUUUAGCAAUUCUUUCUCAAGCCAAUCCUCUCUUUGGCCCUCAGCUGAAGAAUGAUACCAUCUGGUAUGUGCUCUUUCAGUGGGAAUGACAGACCAAUUUAAUAGGCUUCACCUUUCCAAUCGAAAGUGUGAUGGACCCUUUACAAUCCAUUUCCACUGUAGUGACCAUCCCUGCCCUCCAAUUUUAGCUGAUACUUUGGCAUAUAUCAUCUUAAAUGUUUUUAUUAAGGAUCCUACCUUCGUAACUGCAGUGAAGUAAGUAGUACAGUACAAUAAGUGGUUAUACCCUUGAAAUUGAAUCACUGUUGAUAAGAGCUUUGCAACAUCCUUCUGAAGAGAAAGACCUUUUCUCCAUUUCAAAUGACAUGGUAGAUUUGUAGGUUUCUUCACAUCUUGAUCUUUGCAUACAAAGGUUCUCUGUCAGAGUGUACUUGCUUAGACAUUUCUAAUUGCCUAUGUUAACUACCAGUUGUAAAUAUAAACAUGGUAUAAACUUGUAUUGUGAAAAUUAAAGUACUGUUUGUGACCUGCUGUUAGUGGGAUCCUAUUGGGUGAGUUUAUCUACAAUGAAUCAGCUGAUUUCAUUUGUAUCAUUUUAAAGAACAGUUUUACCAAAAUCAAAUUUUGAGUGGAGAUUUUGUUGCCAAGCGUGAUUUCAGUCUAGCUACUCAUGACUGGCAGCCAGUUUAGGCUGGUUAAGGCACAAGGCUAGAAGCCAGGACACUGAAUUUAGCAUCGCCUUACACAUGAAAGCUGACUGUGUGACUUUGGGUGACUCACUCUUUCUCCUUUGAACUCACUUUAGAGCAGGAGUCUCCAACCUUGGUCCCUUUAAGACUUGUGGACUUCAACUCCCAGAGUCCCUCAGCCAG